UAUUGGUUAUACCAGCUCUACUGAAGGAACUAGUAGUAUAACUGAGAAUUCUAAUAAAAGCAAUAAAGAUAUUUUACAUCUAACUUCAAUCGAUACUUCAAACAAGCAGGUUAAAAAAAGAAAGUACAGAUCUAAAUCUAUUCGAAUUUCUAAUUCACCUAAUAGCGGGGCUAGUGCCAAGGUACAUAUUAUCAGUGGGGGUGAUAUACCCAAUAUCCUAACAGAAAAAGUAGAAAAUGGUGAUCUGUAUACCCUAAUCGAACGUAAUCGCAAAGAAACAGAAGAAGCCGAACGUGAAUCAGAAAGGAUUUUAAAUUUCAACUAA